UUCUCCCAAACACCUCCAAGGCAUGGUGUUUAUGAGCCUACCUAAUCCGAUACCGCAGUGGAAUUCCGGAUAUUUGCGGACAGCUCUCCCGGCUUUGCAAGUGUUUGAUCAGAUACGUCCUGAAUCUUUUUACCCCCACUAUGCCGGCUCGGGGCUGUAGAGCAAACCCAGCCGGGGCAGCGCCCCCCACCCCGCGCCCGGCCCAAGGCCAGCCCAGCCCAGGAGGCAGCCCCCAACCCCCACCCUGGGCCGGGGCUUCGGGACACUCGGACUGCGGGCCGUUCCGCAACAGGUCACCCUGACCGCGAGUCCGCAGGUUCGCUGGCGGCCAACGGGGGCGAAGCAGCCAGGGCCAGGGGAGGGGGUGUGGCCCGACUCGGCCGGUCCGGUCGGCGGGCCCGGCUCGGGCUCACCUGAAAGGAGGCUGAGGCGCCCCCAAGCGCCGGGACAGCGCGAGGGGAGGUCGGGGUCUUCCGCCACCCAGAAGGUAGAGAGGCGAGGCGGAUUCGGGGGGUCACUGCGCCCCCGGCCUCGGGACGGUGCCCCUGAGUGGCGACCGCACGGGCGCCCAGACUCCAAGAGCCAGCGACCCAGGGCAGCGCGGCCCCCAGAGUUCUCCUCCUUCAGCCCGAGCUCCUCAGCCCCCUCCCCGCGCCGAGGGCCAGCAGCCCCUGGGCCGGUGGCCGGAGCCACACACCGCAGAGCCCGAGCCGCCGCCAUUCCCCGCGCCGCCGCCGCCGCGGCUCAGCGCCGCCCCGGGGGUGCAGCUCACCCACCUUCCCUCCCCCGCGCCGCCCAGCCGCCGGAGCACCGACCUGGGCAGCUGCGGCCGUCGCCCUGGAGGAUGGAAAGACGGCGCCGGCCUCACGCUCCACCGCCACUGCCGCCGCCACCGCCUAGGGUAGCGCUAGCCGACCCAGGCGGCCGGCGUCUCUCAUUCAGCGCCCGCCGCCGCUGCCGCUCGGGGGAGGGGAGUGCGCUGGAUCCACCCCGUCCGCGCCAGGGGUGGGGGAAGAGAGCGGACCUGGCGGGGGCGCGCGCCAAGAGGGCGGGGCGGAGCCGAGCGCGCUCGCGCGGAGAGCCAGAGCCGUAG